AUGCCUGCCACAGGCACGAGAACCAAGGUAGCGGGCCGGUGGGGGGUGGGGGGGGGGGCUGGGGAACCAGCCUGGCUGGGCCCAGGCCAGUCGGGCAGCCCCUGGCAGGCCAGACCUGUGUUCCUGCUGAGUCAGAGUGUGGAGCGGAGGACGGAGCCGGCAGCACACGCUCCAGCCCCCGGGCACCCGGGAGGACCCCGGACUCUGCAAGCGGUCCCCGAAGCAGGGCCUGGCACCCGCCGCUUACACGCCAGCCUCCUCCCUGGAGCCCGUCCUCCUGGAGCCCACCAUGUAAGGUCUUCUGAGCCAUCUCAGCCGCCCCCCUGCCUCUGCUGCGCAGGGGUCAUAGGCCCGCACGGGCACCUGGGGAAUCCCCCUCCUCCCCUCCAUCCUCCCUGCCAGACGAGCUACGGUGAGCUCCUUCGGCGGCCACCUUGGGUGGCUGAGAGUUUUCCCGUCCCCGUGGCCUGUCUGGCCGCCGACGGGAACAGUGGAGAAGGAGUAAGAGUAAAACAGCACCGCCCGCUCCCGUGCGUGGAGCCCUUCCCGGGCACCGGGAGCUAUGAGGCCAGCAUCUUCGCUACGCCCGUUUUGCAGAUGGACAGACUGAGGCUUCAAGUCCCACAUCCGGUGUGUGACCCUCCCAGGUGCCUGCCACGCUUCCGCCCCACCCCGGCCUCCACCUGGAGGAACCCGCCAAGGUUCUCCCCCGAGGGACACCGGUGA